GACCAUCAGAGGAUGAAAGUCAUUCAUCAUCUGGUGCCAUGUUGGAUAAAAGGGGCUCAUUAAGAACUCACUCUGGAAGUUGGAGGGAUGAGGUUCGAGCAAGGGGAGAUUCUUUCUUCUCACAUAAAACCUCUAGUGAGAGUUCAUUCCCAAGACUUUCAGGCCUAGGUCAAGAAGAUGCAACUACUAGAACUUCUUUUCAGCCUAAUGAGGUAAGGGAUCAUAGUCACAGUGGUAGUGCUAGUAGUUUUCAAGAACAGGUACAUUGGAGAGUAAGUAGUUCUCAGUCGAGUACUUCUCACAGCACAGGUUUUCCACAAACUUACCCUCAGAGAGGAAAGCAGCCAGAUGUGCCAGAUACACCCAUGUCACCAGAUGAGUCGUCUUCCCAUGGCUUUUUUUCAACAGACACACCACAGUCCCCUGAUAUGGAUGCCUCUUUUAGCCCUGUUCCUGCAGCAGAUGAAACCACCCCUGUCAAGACUAUUCCACUUGAAAGUAUUAGUCAGGCAGGUGUGGAUUUGGAAAAUAUUAAAAAAGCCCUUGCACAAAUACGUGCACAGACCAGUUCUAGUUCUAGUUCUGGCCCAUCUUACCGGUACGAGGACUUUGUAGGUCCUGCAGGAAAGUCAAAUUCAGAGGAUGAGCCUUAUGAUCCAGAAGAAGUGUGGAAUAACCAAGAUGCUGAGGCAAAUAAAAUACGAAGGCCAGUUGUUAGUACACCUCAGGUGCCUGUGAUUUCUGGUCGCUCUGAUACUGAUCUGCGGCAGAUUCAUCGCAGUUUGCUACCACUACCUCAUACCUAUCAGGCUAGACCACUUGGAAAUGAAAGCGUGAAAAGUGGGGGAAGAGUUGGGCCACAAGCACCAUUUGUCCAGAAAAUACCAGAAUCUGGAAAGAUGGCAACAAACACCAUUGGUUCAAUACCUUUACCACACAGACAGGCUAACAGUAGUCAGCCCAUGGUAAGCCAAGGAAACCAGUCUUUAGGGACCAAUCUAGUUGCAACUUCUGGUGUUGGUUUCUAUAAAGAUACUAGCAAUGUUAGGCCUUUAGAUCCCCGAAGCAGAGAAAGCAGUGGGGAUAUUGAUAUGCGAGUUUCACAGCCACCCUUACCAAAAACACAACCUGCACUUCCAAGAACUCAGCCACCAUUGCCUAUAUCUCACCUGCCACCCCCACCUUUGCCUAAAACAUUAGAUCCACCAGUAUCAGAAGGUGAUGUCAAUUUGCUCAAAUCCAGUCAGCCACCAUUACCAAGUUCACCACCCUUACCAACUAAACCUAUCCAACCACCUUUACCAAAAACUCAGCCUCCAUUGCCAAAGUCACCUCCACCGCAAUCAUUAAGUCCCUUUGCAUCAGCUAAAGAUGAUAGUGAAGGACAGAAAAGAUUAGAUAGUAUUCGUGCACGACUUGCACAUGGUGCUGGAGAAUUCAUUAAGCCAGGACAAAGAGGGGUGGCUGCUUCUCAGAUGGAAAAAUACAAGUUGAAGAGGCAGUUAAGUGGUUCAAGAGAUACAAAACCAUCACACACCUCACCUUUGACAAAAGAGUAUUCAGGGAAAACUGAUUCACAAGCAAAGGGAAAAGAGCCUGUGUCAGUUCUUGAUAUACUUUUACCAGAAAAUUCGACAAGUGUAGAAUCAACAGAAGACAUUGCAAAAGAUUCACAGCCUACACAGGAAUCCUCAGCAAGAGACCCACGAUUUAAACCACAGCAGGAACCACAACCUGCAAAGGACAAAAUCACAAGCUUAUCUCAUGCUCGAGAUCCAAGGUUAUCAACAACUUCCUCAUCAUCAGUUACAAGAGAUCCAAGGCAGCAGAUGAAUAGAGAUCCAAGGCAAGAUACUGGAGUCUUCCCAGGAAGAGAAAAUAGGGGUGAUAUUAAUAGAUUUUCUUCAAAUAUAGUAAGAGAUCCUCGACAAGAUUCAGCCAAAUAUGCUCCUGUUGGUCCUCAACUGCCUCGAGAUCCAAGGCAGGAGGCGGGUAGAUUUACACCAGGAGCACCAACUGGAGGUUGGGAUUCCAGACAUGAGUCUAAUCAAUAUCCAGUUCCAGUAUCAGGAAUUAGAGGGCAUUCUGGUUUCCCUAAUCCACCAGUAGCUGCAAACAGACUUGAACCUGGCUCUUUUACUGGAGUUACUAAUGCAGGGCCCAGAGAUCCUCGGCAAGAGACCAGAGCUUUCCCAAAUGUGUCCUUACCGCAAUAUAGAGAUCCACGAAUGGCAUCUAGAGUUGAAAGGCCUCCAGGUGCUAUGUGGAAUCAACAACCUACUCCACCACCACCAGCUCCAAUGAGCUUUACUCCAGUUCCAAGCUCAAGUGGACCAGUUGUUAAUAAUGACCUUGUAGAUCCUAGUCCUACCCAAUCUGCAAGUGGUUCAUUGAUUGGCCAGACUUUUACCUGUCUAAUGAUGCGGGGGUUACCCCCUUUUGUUCAUUCCAAUCACAUAUAUCGUUUCUUUUCUGAUUAUAUAUUGAGAGAUAUGUCACUAGAGCUAGAUAACCAUUAUAAUUGUAAAGGGACAGCCUAUAUUCAUUUUCCUAGUCAUGCUAGUGCUCGAGAAGCUCUAGAACAAAUGAAUGGGCAGCUUUUAAAUGGCUAUCCAAUAUCUCUCAGGAUAUGUACUGUUGGAAUCUUGCGACAAGCUAAGAAUAUGUAUGAACAGCUGAAUAGGGAUAGAGAAGCCCAGCUUGGUAUUCCUGAAAGACCAAGAGGAAAUGGAAAUCCAUUCUUCAAGCCAAAACCAAAAGAACCAAAAGAACCUGCAGCCAAACCAGUGACACCCACCUCUAAUGUACCUUCUCCAGCUGCUACUGAAAAACCUUCUGUAGCUGAUACACAAGUCUCUGAACCUGUUAAUUCUGAGAGUGUUGGGUCCUCUGUGCAGUAUUCAGAAUUGUGUGGAGUUAAAGUUACUCCUAAAACAUCAGUUGGAAAGUCAAACUUCAAGAUUCCAAAGAUAAAGAAAGCCGUGCCAGAAACAAAAUCAUCUAAGAAUGAGACAGACUCAAGCAAGGAAGGCACUGAGAAGAAAAGCAAAGAACACGAUAAAAAAUCUGCUGGUCGAAUUAAAGCUUCCUCUAAAUCAGCUGCCGAAGACUCAUCAGACUCAGAUGAAUUAAUUAAACGUAAAACUCUAACAAAAAAGAGCAGAAAAUUCAAGAAGAUAAUAAUUGAGUCAGAUACAGAUUCUGAUAUAGAAGACACAAAGAAAGCCCCUCAGAAGGAGACUACAAAAUCAGGUUCUAGUUUGAAAAAUCAUGCUGUAGAUGAAGAUGAUGAUGAUGAUGAAUGUUUCAUGGUUAUUGAUGAGACUGUUGUUUCUGACACAGAAGAGACUGAAGACUCAGAAGUAAAUUCUUUGACAACAGAUGAUUCUAGUAGUCAGUCAAGAAGUACCAAAACAAAGGAACAGAAGCAGACAAAAGUAAAGAAGACUAGAGGUCGUGCUACAAAAGCAAAACCAAAGAAAAAGAUGGUUGAAACAAAGAAAGGCAAGAAGAAAGGACAGUUAAAGAAGGAUCCAGUUCCUAGGAAAGGAAGGGGCAAAAAAGCUGUUGACAAACUUCAAGACAAUACAUUUAAAUCAGAACUUGACUUGCAUUCUGCUGUUGGAAUGAAACUAACCCGUCAGACUCAGGGUGAACUAGAAGAAUUAAUUAAAGAAAAAACAAAGCUGAAGGUAGUCAUCCCAGUACCACAUAGAUAUGUUGUUAAUAUUUUCGAUGAUGAUAAGUUGAAGAAGCGGGGUGGCAGAAGACAGACUGCUGAAGUUCAUUCUACUGUUGCUGUAGCAGCCAAAGAGCCAGAAAUGCCUGCAUUGUUGGAAAAGAAAGUAAAAGCUGUUGAAAAAGUUACAUUAGAUGUAUCUGCUAUGGUUGAGAAAUCGAAUAUGGAGCAAUCAGAGAUCUUAAAUUACCGACAAAUAAAAGCAAAGAUUUUCCAAAAAACAUUGCAUGUUCUUGCAAUACCAACAGCUAGAAAAGGAAAGAAAAGAACUCUUUCACAUACUGGAAAUAGUGGAGAUAACAAAAGACAGAAAUUUGGGUCUUUUGGUUUUAGUAAAGGACAACCAAAAGAUGAUAGUAAUAUCAGCAAAGAAACUGGAAAAAGGCAUAGAACUACACCAUCAAAAGGUCGGCCAACAAAGAAGUCAAAGUUAGACUCCAGUGCAGAAAAACAGUCCACACCUGAAGCUGCAGGAAACUGGAACAAAGUACUCACAACUACAGAUUUGUUUGACAGUAACACAUCCUCAGAUGAUUUACCUGAUUUGACUCAAAUAACACCAAGUUUGUUAGAUGUUGAUCCAACAAUCACCAGUGCUCUGCCAGAUGCAACUGUCUUGGCAAGUGUUCUCAGUCCCCCACAUGUUACAAGUCAGACUUCUGAAGGCAGUUUCCUGAGUGGAGUUGACUCUGAUGGUGAUAGUUCCCCUGGGAAGCUACAGAUUGUUGAAAGUGAUCAGAUAAGUAAGGAUUACCAGCUUUUGGAUGAGAUAAUCAGAAAUGAUAGUAAAGAUAAAGAAAAAGACACAGUGGAAGAAAUGAUUGUUCAAAAUGCAGAAAAGGGAAAAGUUGAUGCAAAACCAAAUCAGGAUGAUGCACAAAAUGUAAGUAGUGAAUCUAAAGUAGAUAGUAUAAACAACAGUGAGCAAGAAAAAGUUGGAGAUAUAUUUGAUCAAGUCAAAAAUAGUUCUACUGCAGUUGAUGGUAAUCAUAAAAGACAAGAUAGUUCUUCAAGCAAUACAAGUUUGAUUAGAAAUACAGAUGGUGAGGAAGAAAAAGAGGGUUUACAUCUAUGCUUGUCAGAGGGAGGGAAUGAUGAGACUUUAGGACAUAAUGAAGAAAUUGAUGAAGGUGAUGAUACUGCAAGUGUUGGCAUGGUGAGCACUAGCAGCUUGGUUGAUGAUGCAUCUAUUAUCUCCAGUGAAGGCCGAGAGUUAAAAACUCCAGACUCUGGGGCAUCAAGAAAGACCAAGAGAUCAAAAAUGGUGCAUAUACCCCCAGAGUUGAGACGGGUAACCAGGGGAUCUGUAGUGGAACCUCUAUUCAUAGAAGUGAUUGAGUGGGAUGAUGGAGGUGUAGUUGAUUUGUUCCAGUGUGACCUUUGUGAUUAUGUGGGCAGGCAUAUGGCCUAUCAUUUGGUCAAUUUCCACAUUGAAAGAGAAAUGCCAUGUGAAUUCAAGAAAGAAGAUUUUCCCCCAGUGAUUAAGGACCAUGUAGGACCACCAAAAGUUCCAGAAGACAAGAAAGAUAUAUCACUAGAUUUGUCAUGGAUACCAACAAGUAUGACAUUUGAGAAAAGUGUGACCUGUAAUGAGUGUGAUUAUAUAUCAAACAGUCGGUUUGACUUAGUUUACCAUGUAUUGGAACACAAACCCAUGGCAGCACAUUGUGUAUAUCACUGCCGUCUGUGUAAUUAUAUGUCCGAACACUUAGAGCAUUUUUACAACCAUGUAAGUAGUCAUACUGGAGAAUACAGAUACAGAUGUGAUCUUUGUGGUGAGAGAACAUACAAAAAAUCCCUAUUACUAGCACAUCAUAAAGAAUGUCAUCAUAAUCAACUUGAAAAGUUUUCCAUAUCAGAAAUGGUUCUAGAAGAUGGUUGGCCAUAUAUUCAUGUAUGUAAAACUUGUAUGUUUGUCAGAAUAUCUCAGAAGGCAGCAGAAGAACAUGUACAAAAUCGCCAUAAUGGAAAAGCAGAUAUUCACAAAGCAAACAUGACUAGACCUGUUAUUUUAUAUUCAGAACAAUGGAAAUCAAAGGGAGAGAUGGAAAACAUUGGUCCACGUGGAAAGCCAAAGGGAAGGAAGAGGAAGAAAGGCAAACGAGGUCCAGAUUUAGAAGUGUUUGUAGGGGAGGGAGGUGAAGAUGAAAUGGAGGAAGAAAUAGAAGUAAAGGCAAAACAACUGGUUGAUAGAAUAGCAUCUAAUAUUCACACAACUACAUCAACUGAAGAAGCUAUAAAGAGAAUGUCUUUACUAAACUCAAUAAGUAAAAAAUUAGAUGAAGAGGAGGAGGAGGAACAGGAGGAGAUAUCAGCAAAUAUAGGGACAUCAGUCCAAGUGACCUCUAGCAUUACAUCACCUCCACCAUCUUCCAUAUCACCAGCUUCACAAGAAAUAACAUCAGUGACAACAGAAGCAGGGACAGAAGGAGCAGGAUCAGCAACAGAAGGCAAAUCUAAGGACAGGGGUUUUCAAGAUGCAUCAGAAUCUGAAGUGAACACUACCAGUUUAGAAAAUCAAGAGUCACCAGAAAAAAGUUCCUUUACAGAUAGUGCAGUUGAAAAGGAUGGGGAAGAUGCAGUUAUGGAGGAAGAUGGAAACUUUGGAGAUAAUUCAGAGAGUGAUAGUGAAUCGACUGUGAGUGCUUUAGACCCAGAUAUCUUUGAAGAUUUGUCAUCAGGGAAAACAGGAUCAUUGCAGGAAACAAUUAGGAAGCUCUCAGCAACUUUAGGAGAGAUUGCCAAAGGAAAGCAAAAACCAGCAGAGCAGGUAGUGAAAGAGCCAGGUGUGAAAGAGCCAGGCAUGAAAGAGCCAGGUGUAAAAGAGCCAGGUGUGAAAGAGCCAGGCGUGAAAGAGCUAGAUGUGAAAGAGCCAGAUGCAAAAGAGCCUGAGGGAAAAGAGUCGGUGCAGAAAAUUGAACGUAGGGGCUCUGGAGACACCCAUGAUAGUGAUUCUGAUGUUUUAGUGAUUUGUGAAGAUGAAGAUGCGGAUGGUCGAGAAGAAGCACCAAAUUCAGAGCAACAUAGCCAGCCAGAGAAAAAGUCAAAUCUGGAAGAGAAUACUGAAACUAAAAGACCCACAAUUGCUGUAUCAGUUCCCACCAGUACCUCGGAAGAGCAGGAGACAAAGAAAAUGCCUAAAGUUGAGAAUCCGUCCAGCACAUCAGCUCUUGGAUAUGAGAUAUUCUUCCAAGGUUUUCCUUGCUCCAUCAGCAACUUUGUUGAGCUCCAAUACACUUAUACUCUUUUAAAAAUGUUUCACACCCAUCCCCCAAAAUCAGUUGUGGUUUGGCAGGCAUUUGAAAGUGAAGGCAACAUGAAUUCAUGUGCAAUUCAUUGUUCUCAUGACACAUCCCCAUCAGCAAAAGUAUUUAGAUGUGCAGUCACCAAUUGUGGAUAUACCAGCAUCAAGCAUACAGAUCUCAUUAACCACAUCAUCUCUGCUCAUGGACCUUAUAAAUGCAUUGCUUCAGGCUGCACUUUUGUAACACAGUCCCGGGAAUUAUUCAGUAUGCAUCUAACAACGCUACAUCCCAAGCUAAAUUUCCUUGUGUGUCCAUUCCUCUGUCAGAAUAUUUUCUAUAAAUGCUCUGAUCUUGUGGACCACCUCACAGAACAGCAUGCAACCGUUGAGGUCACAAAUGAGAGCCAGGGGGCAAUCAGCACAGAAGCGGAGACUCUUAGGAAGGAUUCAGAUGACCCAGGAUUUUUACGCAUUGAAAGUGUGGCCACCUUAGAUCCCACAGCAGCUUCUCAGAUGUUUGGUGAUGAUUAUAAAGUACCUCCAGAAGCAGCAGCCCUUGGUCUCCCUUUGAAUUUUGCCAGCCCAAUGGGAAAAGAAGGAAAGCCAUUACCUGGACUUGCAUCUAGCUCAGUGGACAGUCCCCAUUCUCCAGUUUCUGAUAAAGUCCCCCCAACUACUCAGGGCACUGAUAACAAUGACCUGCUCAAAGUAGACCCUUCUUCCACCUCAGGCCUCGGGCUUGAUGUACCCAAGGUAGAGUCCUCCACUUCUGGGAUGAGGCAAAGUGUUUCUGGCUCAGAUGAGCCACAAUUGCCAUCAGAGAUUGCCUUGAAGCAGACGAAACUUGUUGGAAAGCCAUCUGUUGUGACACUGGAUGAAGAUGAGGAAGAAGGCUCAGAGGUUUGUUGGAAUGGGAGGCCACAGAAGCCCCCACCUGGAUUGGCUACUCUACCUAAGUUUCCUCCAACAGUGCCUGUGCCAAGUGUUUUUGAAGCAUAUCAACCAAUGAAUAUUUUCCGGAUCCUGAUAACCAAACUUGCGCCAGAAGUUUUCAAGUGCAUGCAUCCUGGAUGUGUCUUUGUAGAUGAUGACCCUGAGGCUUUCCAAGAGCACAUUGAAUUACAUGGUGAAAAUUUCAGAUGUUGUUAUUGUCUGAUAGUAAUGGACACUUCGAAAAAGCUGGUACAGCACGUUAUAACGGAACACAGUCAUUGCCAGUUUCAGUGCAAAUAUUGCCUGUAUCGGGCAUUCACUAAAAUCUACAUGGGUGUUCACCUGAAAAAUUUCCAUCCCGAUGUCGAGCCACGGUACAUCAAAGUAGGUACAAUUCAGUCCCAGCAUCCACCAAAUCCUCCAAUUGACCAGUUUGUUCGGCCAUACAAGUGUAGCUACAAAGAUUGUCAGUAUCGCACAGUUGAUGCAGAAGCAUUCAGAACCCAUGUUGUUGGCAACCAUGGUCAGUUUGCUGUGCUUAGCUGUGAUUUCUGCCACAAACAUCUUCAUGUUCAACCUUUGAUAUAUCAUAUGCGAGAACACCAAAUGAACGAGUACCAGUGCCCAUACUGCCUACAUGGAGAUGCCGAAAAGGAGCGCCUACUCAAUCACCUUCUCAACUGUCAUCCUGGACGUCCAGGGAAGGUACUUCUCCGUAAACAGAUAACCACCUCUAGUGCAGGUGGUCCAAAUGUAAACAUAACGGAUAUCAGUGGUCCACCACCUCCAUCAUCGUCUCUUCCUCAAGAUCCAAGCAACAAAGGUGACAAGAAGCAUAAUACGAAGCCAGAUGGGAAGCCUUCAGAGAGCAAUCCAGAUGGUGCUGGAAAUGCAUCACCAACACCGGGAGCCAUGAAGGAAAGACCGCAGAGUCCAUGGAAUGUUGAAGGAAGGAGAAUGUCAAGAAGCUUAUCUCGGGAAUUGGAUAGCAAAGUAGAAAAUGCUGCUAAACAAGGUGAAGGAGAUGCUUUAAAUAGGAGUUCAGGCAGCAACAGUGAGGAAGGCCUUACAUCUCCAAGCACUGAGAAAACAGGAUUAAGCAGUCAUGCUCUCUACCGUUGCGGUAAUGAAGGUUGCGAGUACUCCAGUGCAACUCAGGUUCAUUUACGGGAGCAUCUCCAAGUGUGCAACUUUGCCCUAGACUCGACCGUACUAAAGUGUCAUCAUUGUGGGAAACAGUGCCGACACUUAAGUACUCUUUUUGAGCAUCUUCGGGUCCAUGGGCCAAAGAGGUAUCGCUGUGGAGUGGCAGGUUGUGAUUAUAAAGCAACCAUGGUCCAUUACUUCAAAAAUCACAUGAAACAGAUCCAUAAAUGUUCAGGUUUUAAGCAGGUCUUGAAGGACCCAAAGAUUAAAGAUCCAGAAACACAGGAGUACAUUGUGUAUCCUAAAGAUGCAGUACCACCUACUAAGGAAUUCCACAGGAAACGAAAGAAUGAAUAUGCCAUUGAAGAUAUUGGCCGAAUUCCCAAGGCACAUGUCUCAUAUCAAGAUCUGAAAUGCUACUAUUGUCAUUUUGUUUCUAAAGUGAGGUUAAAUUUAAUAAAGCAUAUUAAAUUACAUGAAAAAUACCCAGAAGGUAUCCCCAAGAGGUUAGUCAUAGGUGAAGGUGAAACAAGUCCAAUCCCAACAAAACAACCCAUCAACCCAGUGCCGUGCUUGGAACGGAAGGAACUCAUGUUCGAUAAGAUGAUGAACCUGGCAGGUAGCAGCUUUGAAGCUAAGAAGAAGAAAGAGGAUAUAGAUAUGAGAACUAAGAAUCCCAUUCCAACAGAGGAGUAUGAAAAGUUGCCCAAGUAUGUCCCUGAUGAAAGGUUGCAUUCGUGUGGUAUUGAUGGAUGCAACUACUUGUCUUGUGAUGACAUGAUGUUGAAGUAUCACAUUCGCACUCUGCAUGCUGAUAUUACAUCGUUCCCUUGUCCACACUGUACUGAUAUAACAAUAACAGUUGAAAAAAUAAGCUCCCACUUCAAGCUGCAUGGAGACAGGCUUUACAGGUGUGGAUGGUGCACGUAUAUAUCCUACCGAAGAAAUGUUGUCGAACGCCACAUGAAAGAAAAACAUCCGACUAAGAAGGCCUUUGAUUUUGUUAUCCGAGAGCCAGACGAAGCAGAUGGUCAAAAGAAACAAGAGGAAAAAAUAUCAGAGGAACCUGCAGCACCAGCUGUUCCUCAAGUUCCUCAAGACCCACAGUGGCAAUGUGGAUUGUGCAAGUUCUGUUCAGUUACACAGCAGGAGAUGGUAAACCACACAAGCCUUAAGCAUGCUAUCAAAAGUCAGUAUAAAUGUGGCUACUGCAAUGUCAGGUCAUCAGUACGAGCCAGCUUCGAUGCUCAUUUUGCAGCAAAACAUCUUUACCAACCAUUUAGGGUGUUGUGCAUGUAUUAUCGGAUAGAUUCAGAAGAUAUUGAACCCAUUAGUCAGGGUAAUGGACAACAUUCUCAUGAACCCUUGUGGAAACGUAAUGAUCCUGAACGUAUUCGACACAUCCGCGGUAUUUUGAUAGACGACGAUCCAGAGACUAGAAAGACAUUAUUAAAGCAGACAGGUACAGGAAAACCAGACAAAGGCGAGUUUGUGUGCCCCAUGUGUCGGUCAUUCAAGACAUCUUGUGUUGCAACGUUCAGGUCACAUCUUUGUCGAGAAGCUGACUAUCUCAGAUAUGAAUGCGCAGAGUGUGGUGUAAGCAAUGCACUGCUUCCUAGUUUACAGCGUCAUUUCACAAAAAUGCAUCACAAACCGUUUACCCAAGAAAGCUAUGUUAACCUACCAGUGGAGGAUGAUAAAGAAAAUUGGGUUGAAGGUGUGAUCAGCCAUCAGGAACAGCUAAUCAAAUGUUGGCCUGAAAAGGCUGGACUUGAGCCAUCAGAGCAACCAGGAGCAGGGACAGCACACCAACCAGCCCCAGCAAAGGCUUCCACAUCAAGACGUUCCUCAGCCAGUUCUGUAUCAAGUGCACCUUCAAGUGAGGGUUCCUCUCAGCAAGGUGUUGUGCUGCACGACUCUGGUAGUGAACGCGGACGAUUCGUCUGUGAUACUUGUGGGUCUGAAUGCCGCUCAGCUGCAGGACUGAAGAGUCACACCACAGCCAUGCACCAGGCCAGGUUCAAGUGCCAUUACUGUCCCUUUGCCAGCAACACUGAAGAUGCAGUAAAGCAGCAUUGCACUGUCAAACAUCCAAAGUUACAGAGUGAAGUGAUUGAUGUUUCACAGCGUUUAAGGCCUCAGAAGACUGAGGACACUGAUCCUGCUGAAGUAGAUAAUGCUGUUAAAGAAGAUUCCUCAGGUUGUAUCCUCCCAAUAAAGGAGGAAGAAAAGGGAGAUACAUCAGAUGAGAAGAUUAAUACUAAAGAGUCAGAGUCCUUAGAAGUUGUUACAGACAAGGGCGAUAAACCUACUGAAGAAAAGGGGAAAACUGAGGGGGGAGAUACUCCUGAGGUAACAAAGACUCAUAAGUGUCCAUUCUGUCCAUUUGUAAGCAACACCACAUCAGGCCUGGGCCACCAUAAACGCACGAAACAUGCUGAUAGAAGACUCUUUAUGUGUCUUCAUUGCAAUGCCCGUUUCAACAACUCCUUUGAUGUUGUACGUCAUAAUAAAUGGAAGCACUCACACCUUAAACCUCAGUUUACUCACCUCCAGGAAGAGCAUGCAGGUAGUGAGACUCCUAAAACAGAGGGGGAUGCUACAAGUGCAGACAGUAGUGACAGUUCAUUAACAACAGUCAUAAAAGACCCCACAUCAUCUGCAAGUGGUGGGAGCUCACCACAGUGGCCACCUGGCCCCAAGUCAAAGAAGGGUAAAGCCAAAAAAUCAUUCCCAAAUGCAAAGUUGUUGUUAAAAGUUCCUGCAGGAAAACCUGCAGCAGAAGCAAAGGUGGAUAGUAUUCAACCAGUUUCAGUAGUCAGUAAUAGUGAGCCGCAGGUGACAUACUCCUGUUGUCAUUGCAACCAGCAGUCUAAUAAAAUUGCAAUGGAAGAGCACAUGAAAAAGCAACACAGGGAUCUUCCAUAUCAAGUUCGAAGGGAGGAGGGAGACAAAGUCUUCACGGAAGUUCAUGUUUACAAAUGCAUUCAUUGUGUUGUAGAAAGCAUAUCCCUAGCACAAGCAAUGGAUCACUGGAUUCAGAAUCAUGCUUUGCUUGAUUUUAAAUUCCAAAUGGUCUUGAGGCAUUGUGGAGAAGUGUCAAACCAGGUUGUUACGAGUACGACUGAAGACCCUCCACAGACCCCCUUGGUUGAUGAGGUAAAAGAUUCUGUUACACCUGAAGCUGACACCAGCUCAAGUUCUGCUGCUGGGUCCAGUGCCAUCAUCAGCAGUAGCUCAGAGGAACAAAGUAGCAAAGCAUUGAAACCUCUGAAAAUAGCCAAGAGAAGAACAAGUGGCAAAGAAACAAAGUCUCCUAUGCAGUAUAACCUUGACAGUGAGGAUGAACAGAUUGAAGCAUCAGAAAGUGUUGAUGAGCCACUGGUUCAGACCAGCUCUGAGUUAGAUGAGGAUAGUUUUGUUUUCAAGUGUGGACUGUGCAAGAAAAGUAGUGCUAAAUUGGAGGAAUUGGAAGCUCACUUCAGUAAAAUCCACACUGAUAGGGAACUAAAAUAUAAGAAAAUGCGUAAAGAGGCAUUUGAACAGAUUUACAGAGCUGAAUAUGAGUGUGGCCACUGUGGGGAAAGGGGACGCCACAUUGUGUUGAAACGACACCACAAAACAGCUCAUCUGAAUCUGCCUUUUAAAGUUGUGCGGGUUAACCAAAAUAUAUACUACAGGUGUGAUGUAUGUUGCCAUGUUGUCAAGAACUUGCAGUCAAUGCGGUAUCACAUUCGACGUCAUCAUCCUGAAGCAGAUGAGUUUACAUUUUCCAAGUUGACUUUAGGAUCCCCAGUGAGGCCUCCAAUGAAGCAGCCAUUUAAGUGCAAUUAUUGUGGUGAUGUAGGAGAAACUCUUCAGGAAAUGCGCACUCACCAUGCAUUCCUUCAUUCACAUCUUGAGUGCAGCAUCACAAACUUAAUGGAUGAGGCUUUGUCAUCUGUUCACAGUCCCACACCUAGUCAUAGCUCAAAUGAAGUGAAAAAUCCGCCUCUAGUUCCUCUCCCAGUGAUAUCGAAGUGCAGCACCCCUCAGGUGACAGACAUUAGUAGUCCAGCUGCAGAUAUCAAAUCUCCAGUCAUCCCAGAAAUGAAAAAUACAGCUAGGAAGUCAAUAACAACUCUGAAAAAGCGACAUGUUGCUAUGAAAUCAACAUCAAAAUCACAACCAAGAGCAUCAACAAGCAGCAGUAGUGAUGAUGAAGGACAAAGUUGGUAUGGUAUUCCUCAGCCAUCAAUACAGAUGGAAAAUCUAUAUGCAUUUGUGAACCUUGGGGCAGGAGUUCCAGUGAGGCUUACUGUGCAGCGUUUGGGAAAGUUACUGGACUUGCAACCCAAAGUUGUGAUUUAUGAAGAUCAGUUGCAGUAAAAGAAUAUAUAAACACAUAAUAUUUUUUUAAAACAAGAGUGACAGUGUUUAUCCUUUGAUCUGUAUCAUCUAAGAAAAAGCACAUCUAAAACAUCAAAAAUAUAUUGUUUCUUCAAAUUGGCAAUUAUAUAAUUAAAUACAAUGAUAGGAAAUACAUUUUGAUUUCUAAUACAUGUAACUGUAUUGACCCAAACAUGGAAAAUUAAGAUGGCAUUUGAAUUCUGUAAAAAGUGUAACAUAAUUAAUGAUAGGUCCAUUGAUUUCAUACAAGACUGAAGUUUGAUGGUAUAAGAAUUUUGUUGAGAAAGUAAAAUUAAGUUAUCUGUUAAGGUAAUUAUCAGAUUUAUAUUCACAUAGAUUUUCCAGAAACUUUUUUGGUAUUUACAUGAUUCAGUAGAUAGAGAGGAAUGUUGUCACUUAAGAAGUACAAUAAAGCGUGUAUUUAUGAUAUCCUGUACGUAAUUCCACAAGCAAGUUAUUUGAUGGCAUGAAAUUAGUAAUUGCAUAUAAUUUGUGCUGAAAACAAAUAACCUAGUCUUCCUCUGAAUUACAAGAAAAUUUUGUUUCUGUGAUAAUGGCUUCUAUUUUCUGUUUGUAAUGUCACAUAGUUUCCAGAAUGGGAUAUGAAUAUAUGAUCACUUCAAGGUGACAUUGCACAGAAUUGUUAAAAAGGCUGUAAUUAGCCAUGAUAAAUACAUAUAUUUUUUAUUGUUAUUAUUAUUUUACCCCCAAUUAUGAAUAUCUGCUGCAAAUGCAGGAUUAGUUUAUUUGGUCAGGAGCCUGGUACAGCAAAUUUGAAUAAAACUAUACAGCUUGGAGUUUUCUGAUAAAGUAGACUUACAUUUGGAGGUUUACUUUUGGUGGAUGUAGUAAUUUUCUCUCAAAUAUUAUCAUAUACCUGUGCUCUCUCUCUCUCUCUCUCUCUCUCUCUCUCUCUCUCUCUCUCUCUCUCUCUCUCUCUCUCUCUCUCUCUCUCUCUCUCUCUCUCUCACACACACACACACACACACACACACACACACACACACACACACACACACACACACACACACACACACACACACACACACACACACACACACACACACACACACACACACAUUUAUCUUAAGAUUGCUGCCCAUAAGAUUUGUCCGGGAAUUGGUGGCCAGCAAGGCUUUAGCUUGUGACGACCGGUUUAUAAGGUCUACCAUGUAGGUAGGUCAGAAUGUGUUUGUGUUACCUCAGUAUGAGUUGACCAACAUUCUUAAAUCUCUGGCAUAUAUGUACUAAAAUGUGGAGGUACAAACGUUUUUUAAAAUUUCAUUUGAAGUUCCUAGUUGAUUUAAAUAAUCCAGUAUUUUUGUAGAUAUAAGUUGGGAAUGUGAGUAUUCUUUUUGUCAUACUAAAACUGUUCUAAGUUAUUUGAAUUCUGCAACUGAAGCUUUUUUUUAUCAGAUUUAAAAAGCUCAUAUACCUCAUUCCAUAAUACAUAUAUUGUUUUGUAUGCUAAAUAAUGCCCGAGUGUUAUAUUGUUUAAUAAGUCUUGUUAGUUGAGUGUGGUUAUGUUGUGUAAAUGAGAUUUUUUCCUGAUUUUUUCAUGUGUUAUAACUUAAAAGUACUUUAGUAAUGGAUGAAUAUAAGAAUUGAAGUAAAUCCCUUGAGAUUACUGCUCUCUGAAAGGUGCCUAUCAGCUGUACUAUUAGUGUAAUUAGUAUUAUUUUAGCAUUAGGGCACCUGAGCCUCGGAAUCUCAUGUCACUGCUUCUACAUUCUGGAGUGUCAUGAUUAAGCAAAGUGAGUUUGGUGGUGCAGACCUGUAGGUGUGAGAUUCAAGAGGUUCAGUGCAUUGAUUUGUAAAAUAGAGAACCACUGGAAUUCAAACUACUGCUCAUGUUGUACAUGUAAAUAAAUGAGUUUUGUGUAGAUGGCUACACACAAAUAUUUACUGUGACACCCGUGAAGCAAGUGCAACAUUUGUCCUUUUUUUCAUGAUACGAAAAUCAUUCCACUUCGUACCUUUAUCCAUACUCACCAAUGGCAGGAUUGUGCCAUUCUUUGUAGGCUGUUUAUUCACAUUAACUAUUUGUGUUUUUUGUAUAUAAAAUAAAAUUAUUUUAGUUGAACUUGUCA